AGACAAGCUGACACCUUUUAACGGACAGUUUCCAAAGGGUAGUGCUUGGAUGCCAGGAGAUGGGAUGAGGAGCAGUCACACUGAAGCCCAUAGUGAGGACAUUUCUACAUGUGACGGUACUCUGCAGUCACAUAGUGCGAGUACAAAUCCUCUGCAUCCAGCUCUCAUCAUUUCUUCAUCUGAGCCUCUGUCAUUGGCUGGAUACACUGAUGAAGAACUUACAGCCAACAACAACCACCUCAAGUUACCCAUCCCGGAGGUGAAUGAGGAGAGAUGCUGGGACACAGAGAAGACUAAGCAGCCCCGACCAGAGCAGAUGGCCAGCAAUAGGACAUGCUCCAAUUCAACCAGUGUCCAUCCUUACUGGAUUGGGGAUCUGGACAGCAUCAUCAUGAAGACCCCAGAGCUUUACACUGGUCAUCCUCAUGGGAAUGCUGGUUUAUAUGGGAAAAGGAAGUCAUUGUCCCAGCAGCUGGAGUUUCCUCAUUCUACAAAACAACCUGUUCAGCGUCCCUCCCGCUCCCUCAGCUCUGCCCAGCUGGUUCACUCCUGCAACACCGUGCAAGCCUUCAUAAUCUGUAAUGUUGUGCUGAUGAAGGGCCAUGGCAAGGGUCUGGGCUUCAGUAUAGUCGGCGGGAGGGACAGCAUGUAUGGACCGAUGGGGAUCUAUGUCAAGACCAUUUUGCCUGGAGGGGCAGCAGCUGCUGAUGGGAGGCUGCAGGAGGGUGAUGAGAUCCUGGAGCUGAAUGGAGAGUCACUCCAUGGUCUGACUCAUGAUGAAGCCCUGCACAGGUUUAAGCAAAUCAAAAAGGGCCUGCUGACUCUGGUGGUGAGGACGAGCCUGCAUCUGGGGGCCCUGUGUGGUCAGGCGCAGGUAGCUCAGCUGUGCAGGUCGCGCUCCCUCAGCUCCACUACAGCCAUGGCCAGGGUCAGUGCUGACAUGGAAAACUACAACUUCCUGAACAACGACUGCAUAAACUCACUGAGUGUCCCAGGUCAGCCUGUCAAGCCCAGAGACCGCAUCAUGGUGGAGAUCAUCCUGCACAAAGAGGCUGGUGUUGGUCUGGGUAUUGGCCUGUGCUGUGUUCCAUCUGGUGACAGCUGCCCUGGGAUCUACAUCCACACCCUCUCUCCUGGAUCUGUGGCACACAUGGACGGUAAACUGCGGUGUGGGGAUGAGAUCAUGGAGAUCAACGAUACUGUGGUUUACAACAUGGCGCUGAAUGACGUCUACACAGUGCUGAGCCACUGCCCACCAGGUCCAGUUUACAUCAUCAUCAGCCGACACCCCGACCCCAAAGUAUCAGAGCAGCAGCUGAAUCAUGCCAUCGCUCAGGCAGUUGAAAACAGCAGGAUGAGAAAGGAGAAGACCCAGUGGAGUGCUGAUGGGCUGCGUAGACCAGAGUCCUGUUCUCACAGCCAGCACAGACAUGAAUAUUGUCUGGAGAGGAGUUUCAGUCAGCUGACACUUCGACGAGUUCAGAGGACCAUGACCCGCUCCUGCAGCGACAGCACCAACAGCCACCACCACAACCAUUGCCUCACCAUGCACAACCUCCACAACACACAGCAUCACUCAUCAGCCCACGUCCACAGCCUCGACACACCCAAAUCUGUAAGAGAGACCUGGUCCGACAACAGACUCUCAGUGCCCCUGUAUCCCUCUGAAGACUACAACGUCCCCUACAGCUCUGCUGCUGGUGCUGCCAGUCUGCACACUCAGCCCAACCUGGACCCGACCCACAGGGACAACAAGUCCACCUGCAGGGUGCAUGCUGCUCCACAUCAGUACUGCUGGCCUCAGGAUGAGGAGGGUUAUAAUGGAGACUCCAGUGGCUCCAGUGGAGGAUCCCCAGUCAGUGACAGAGGACUGGACUCGUCCUCACACAUGGGGUGUCAGGAAGGAGAGCGAAAUAGAGAACAGUCAGAGGGGACAGAAGACACUCCAGCCUGCGCAGACGACAGACUACACACAGGUGAUUCAUCAGCGCUGCUCUGCUCACAGCCGAAGAGAGGAGCUCUGAGGAGACAGGCUUGUAUUGACCAACAAACCCAACAACAGCUGCAGGAUCCUUGGGUCCGCCUCUCAGACAGCUCCCCUGAAGAACUGCCUGCCAUCCACUGUCAUCAGCACCACGCUGCAGACAGAACGCAGCCGAGCAACAUCCACAGCCAACCUGCCACCAUGAGUGACCCAGAGAACACGUCCCAGCUCAACGGCACAGCCGCAGAUGUGACCUCACACCCUCCAUCCGACUUAACUCCUGACAACACAUCUGAGCAAGGAGCAAAGACGGGGCCCCCAGUGGCCCCCAAGCCUGCCUGGUUUCGCCAGAGUCUGAGGAAAAUUCAGGAUGAGCAGAAGCAGAAGAGCAACGCUAAAGCUGCAGAGCAGAGGCCUGCUGCAGGCUUUAGCAGGAGCUUUGGUGUCCGGUCUGCUUCAUCUGGUGCUAACCUGUCCAUCAAACAAAAGAUCCACUCUUUCGAGACAUUCUCCAGUCCAGAGGGGGCCGAGAGGGGCUGCAACAGGAGGCCUGUGGCCCCCUCCACCUCUCCUCUUCCAAUGGAGAGGGAGUCCAAGAGUCUCCCUGGUGAGUGUAGGAAGGGCAAACAUGAGAGCCCAGAAAAGAUUAAGACAAACUGGUCUGGAUCUGUCAGGGACACAGACAACACCAAUGUCUCUGCCUCCACCUCUGAAGCUACCAGCCAAACAAUGGCCAAGUUCUCUGAAGAUAACCCCCCCAUAGAAACCACCAGCACUUAUCUGGACUCAGCAGUUCACUAUUCUGAUUCAGCUACAGUCCAUGAUGACAGGAACAUCUGUCCAUCAGAACCUGAGCUGGAAAAGCUGGAUCUGAGCAGGUCCACAGAGGACAAAGUCCUGCCUCCUGCACCAUCCAUGAGACCCAGUCAGGCUGAAGGGGGGAGUCAUCAUCCUGCUGCAAGUCCUGCUCUGAGUCCUGCUUUGAGUCCUGUUGUGAGUCCUGCUGUGAGUCCUGCUCUGAGUCCUGCCCAGAGUCCUCCUCUGAGUCCUGCCCAGAGUCCUCCUCUGAGUCCUGCCCAGAGUCCUGCUCUGAGUCCUGCUCUAAGUCCUGCCGUGAGUCCUGCUCUGAGUCCUGCUCUCAGUCCUGCUCCGCCCACAGACAGUGACCCGCUGGGAGGCCCAGAGGCAGAGAAUUUAGGGAAGAUCCUGGCCUUCAGUAACCAGGUUUCUCAGGCGUUGAUGCGCUCUCUGCCCGUCUACUCCUGCCAUGGAAACCCUCGCUCCCCAAACCUGCAGGACUCCUCUGCGGAGGAGUUUACUGCCCACCAGGAGGGUGGGCGCACCCUGGACGGCGCUGACAGAGGGUUUUCUGUCAGCCUGGCCACACUGAGGGACUGUACCAUUGAGCGUGGGGAGGGGGGAGUUCACGAGCAGGCAGACGUCACUUCUGCUUGUGCUCACUCUGUCAUCUCAGCCAUCCCCUCUCAGGAAAUACAGAAAAUGAUCCAGGAAGUCAAAGCUCUGAAUGAGGAGACGCUGAAGCAACUGGUGGACAUCCAUGUAGUGAUUCUGCACAAAGAGGAGGGAGCUGGGCUGGGCUUCAGCAUCGCUGGAGGCUCUGACCUUGAGAGUAAAGCUGCCACAGUCCACAGAGUGUUUCCCAGCGGCCUGGCAGCUCAGGAGGGCACCAUUCAGAGAGGAGAUGAGGUUCUGUCUAUAAACGGACAAACAUUGCGGGGGAUCACACACGCUGACGCCACCGCCGCUCUGCGUCAGGCCCGCAGUCUGAAGCUGGCUGUGGUGGUCAUUUGCAAGAGAGCAGAGGAGGAGGGAGGAGAGGGAGGAGGCUGCAGGAGCGAGGAGGCCGACCCUGAAGUGGAGGAGCAGGGAGGUAUGCUGAGUGUGGAGCUGGAGAAAGGAGCAGGAGGAGUUGGGUUCACUCUGGAGGGGGGGAAAGGCUCAAUCCACGGAGACAGACCUUUAGUCAUCAACAGGAUCUUUGCAGGUGGAGCAGCGGAGCAGAGCGGUCUGCUGCAUGGAGAUGAACUGCUGCACAUUCAGGGAAUCAGUCUGCAGGACAUGACUCGCUUUGAGGCCUGGAACAUGAUCAAGGCUUUACCUGAAGGACCGAUCACAGCGGUGAUCAGGAGGAGGCCGGGGGGGGCAGAGUGACACACAGCUGCGCAGAGCUGCCUGCUAAUGAUGAGACCAAAGAACACAAACCAUAGCUCAUGAGGUACACACGUUAGCCUUUUAUAACUAGUCAGAUAAAAAUCCGGUAUUAGCCACGCAGCGUGGUCCUCCUCUGAGGACAACUUAUGAAUAUUUUUCUGUUAUUUUUACAUCUCAUUUUUGAUCAGAUAUGAACAUUAUUAAAGGGUCAGUCCUCCCAAACCCCCUGAAAACCCAUACAGGGAGCCAGCCAUUUGAUCUUCAGAUCUCACUGUCAGUGUUUUACCCUCUGCAGAAAAUCAUCUCACUGAGCGUGUUUACAUGGACAUGAAUAACCCAUUUAUCAAUAGGUUUUUCGAGUAUCCCCUUUAUGUCUUUGAUUAAAGUUAAAGGGAUAGUUCAGGAUUUUUGAAGUGGGGCUGUAUGAGAUAAAGUCAGUGUGUUACAUACAGUAGCUGGCGGUUGGCGCGCUCCGUUUGCAGAAAAAGACAGAACUCGCACCCCACAGCUCAGCAUGCUGAAUAGGGUCUUGUAUAUCAAGAUGUAUUUUAGCCACUUAAAAAAAGGUCUACCUAAAAAGAUCAGCCUCAGCCUAAGUGGACACUGUAUUAAGAGUAUUUUUUGCCUUGCUGUCACACAGCCUUUUCCUUUGGCACUACAUUUUCUCAACCGUAUAACUGCCGUAGUCCUAUGCAGAAGACCAGCUGAGCCGCGUACUGUAUUAAGCCGCGGGUCAGCUGUUUAGAUCAAAAAGUGCUGUUCCUGCUUGUUACUUAAUCCAACUGAACUCUGUGUUUGUAGUACAAAACCAAAUAAACAACACUGCCA